AUGGGCCCAAAGACCAUCCUCGUCACAGGCGCAAACCGCGGCAUCGGCUUCAGCAUCAUCCAAGCCCUCGCCACGCGCGAGCCCACAAACACAUACCUCCUCGGCACCCGCUCAGCAACCAGCGGCGCAGACGCAAUAGCCCGCCUGCACGCCCUAGGUCUGACAGCACGCUUCGCCGCCCUCGAGCUGGACGUUACCAGUGACGCCAGCAUUGCGGCUGCUGUGCAGUGCGUCGUGCGCGACUAUGGCGGGUUGGAUGUGCUUGUGAAUAACGCUGGGUAUGCGGCGAUACCACCUCCCGCGGCCGCGGACGACGGGGCUGGGCUGAGGGCUGCGUAUGCGGAUACGUUUGCGGUGAAUGUGACUGGGGUUGCGGCGGUGACGGGGGCAUUUCUGGGGGUGUUGCGUGGGAGUGCGGAUGCGAGGGUGGUGAAUGUGUCGUCGGGGAGGGCGAGUAUUGCGGCUUUGGCAAGGGGGGAUAUGCCGCCGGCGGCGAGCGUGCCGUAUAGUGUGAGUAAGGUGGCGUUGAAUGUGUUGACGCUGGAGAUGGCGAGGACGGAAAAGGAGGUGUUGUUUCAGUUGGCGAAUCCGGGGCAUUGUAGGACGGCAUUCAAUGGGUUUAGGGGCAAGAGGGAUCCGUUGGAAGGGGCGGGCGUGGUUGUGGAGUUGGUUUGUGCGGAAAGGGGGAGGUGGAAGAGUGGGUUCUGGGCGGAGGAGGGAGGGGUGAUGAAGGAGAUGGAAUGGUGA